AUGAUUAGAAAGGAUUCGAUCGGAUUUAAUUCUGAAACCACUAUAACAGCACAUUCAACAUUAACUUCUUCUUCAAUAGCAACAAUAAAUAUAGAAAAUGAUAUACUUCAUAUAAAAGGCAAAUAUAUCAAAGAUAUUUCAGAUAGAACAAUAUUAUUAAGGGGAAUAAAUUUGUCGGGUGCUUCAAAAAAUCCUUCGUAUCCUUCAAAAAUUCCUUCACAUCAACGAAAAGAUUUUUAUAAUCACAGAGAAGCCAGUUUCAUAGGGAGACCCUUUCCGUUAGAAGAUGCUGACAAACAUUUUCAACGACUAAGACAAUGGGGUUUUAAUUUCCUUAGAUUCAUUAUAACAUGGGAAGCAAUUGAACAUGAAGGACCCGGUAAAUAUGAUUUUGAAUUUUUUGAUUACAUUAUAAAAAUCCUACAUAAAGCCAAAGAAUACGGGUUUAAAUGUUUCAUUGAUCCUCAUCAAGACUGGAGCAGAUUUUCUGGUGGAUCAGGAGCCCCAGGAUGGACUCUUGAAUUAGCCGGACUCAACAUGAUGAAUUUUUCAGAAACAGCAGCAGCAAUUGUGCAUAAUACAUUUGAUAAACCAAAGGAAUUUCCUAAAAUGAUCUGGUCAACAAAUUAUUAUAAAUUAGCCGCGUCAACAAUGUUUACAUUAUUUUACGCGGGAAGCAUAUUUGCACCAAAAUGUAUAGUUGAUGACAUGAACAUACAAGAAUAUUUGCAAACGCAUUUCUGUAAUUCAUAUAAGGCAUUAGCGGAAAGAAUAGUGGAAGCAAAUUUGGCGGAUAAUGUUGUAGUUGGAUAUGAUACAAUGAACGAACCAAGUUGGGGAUGGGUCGGAACAAAGGAUUUAAAUAAAUUUCCAGAAUUUCAAGAAUAUAGAAGAGGAAUUACCCCGACACCAUUUCAAUCAAUGUUAUUGGGAGAAGGAAAUCCAUGUAAGGUAGAAUCAUGGGACAUACGUUGGUAUGGAUUUGGUAAAACAGGAAGUGAAUAUAUUGAUCCAAAAGGAAAGGCGGCUUGGUUAGAAAAGGAUCCUGAAGGAUAUAGUUGGAGGAAAUCCGAUGAAUUUCCACGAGGUGAAUGCAUAUGGGCAGCACAUGGAGUGUGGGAUAAAUCUACCAAAAAACUUUUACGUCCCGAUUAUUUUGCUGUAAAUCCAAUUACGAAUCAACCACAAAAUUGGAUCGAAGAAUGUUUUAAACCAUUUAUAAGAAAAUAUACUUCCGCCUUGCGUUCGAUUCAACCUAAUGCUAUAAUAUUCGUACAACCACCCGUGCUUGAGGUUCCGCCUAAAUUCGAUGAUUCAGAAGACCCACAAGAAAGAUUAAUUUAUGCACCACAUUGGUAUGACGGAUUAACUUUAGUACAAAAACAAUUUAAUUGGUGGAACAUUGACUACUUGGGCAUUAAAAGAGGUUUAUAUUUUGGUUACUUGCCCGCGAUUAAAGUAGGAGAGGAUGCGAUUAAGCAAAGUUUUGCUGAGCAGUUGAAAUUAAUUAAAAGUGAAGGGGAGAGAGAAUUAAAUAAUAUACCAUGCUUAAUUGGUGAGAUCGGAAUACCUUUCGAUAUGGAAGAAGGAAAAGCUUACAAAACGGGAAAUUAUAUUCAACAAAUCAAAGCCAUGGAUGCCAACUUUACCGCUCUAGAAGCCAAUUUACUCUCUUAUACCUUGUGGAAUUAUUGUGAUGAUAAUAAUCAUCAAUGGGGAGAUCAAUGGAAUGGGGAAGAUUUGUCAAUUUAUACGACCGAUUUAACUGAUCCUCUUACAACAAAAAAUUAUAACGAAGACCUUGAUCUCGGUGGUAGGGCGUUAUUUAGUUUACUUCGUCCAUUUCCAUUGAAAACAUAUGGUGAACCGUUGAGUUUAAAAUUUGAUCCAUGGACAAAAAAUUUUUCUUAUUCAUAUCGUAACGCGUAUAAUGAUCCACCAAAAGAAUUUCCUACUGAAAUCUAUUUACCAAGAUAUCAUUUUGAUAAUGAGAAUGAUUUUAUGGUUAAAGUUAGUAGUGGUAAAUGGAUUUGGGACAAAAAUAAUCAACGAAUAUUAUAUUGGCAUGACAUUGCAGCCUCGAAUAAAGGAGUUUAUGAGAAGGAAAUGGGGACUUUUGAUUAUGGUGUACAUCAAAUUUAUAUAGAAGGUAACAUCAAUAAUUUUGAAGAUGAUGAAAAUGUUUGCUGUUAA